AUGGGCUCUCGCAGUCGUCCUACUCCUACCACCCUAGUCUUGGUGUUGCUGCUAUGCCUCUGCUAUGCGCUGAUCCAGGCCUUCUCACUAUCCUUCAACCUCAACUUCUCCGACCCCAGCAACGGUUCGUCCAUCGACCUCACCGGUGAUGCCCUCAUCAGCCCGUUAUGGCUAGAGCUGACAAAGAAUACACGUGAUGCAAAUAUUCAGAGCAGCGUCGGCCGGGCAUGGUACGCGCAAAGGGUGGCGCUAUGGAGCAACGCCACCGGCGAGAUGGCUAGCUUCACCACCACCUUCUCCUUCCGAAUCACUCCAGACAACCUCAGCCUGCCUUAUACAGGCGAUGGGAUGGCCUUCUUCCUCGGGCAUUUCCCCUCCAAGAUCCCGGACAACAGCGCGGGCGGCGGCCUAGCCCUCCUCCCCAGGUAUGCUGACGGAACAGGCGACAGCCGGAUAGUCGCGGUGGAGUUUGACACUUUUCCCAAUGCGGAAUGUGCCGACAUCAACAGGAACCAUAUCGGCAUCGACGUCAACUCCCUCAACUCAACGGCGUCCACGGACACGACCACCUGGCCGGGAAAGAACCUCACAUCACUCCAUGUUAUGGAAGCCACGGUGAAGUACCACAAUGACACCAAGAUGCUAGGUGUUGAUCUCCGCAUCGACGAUGCCCUGUACCAGGUAAACGCAACCGUCGAUCUCAGCAGAUACUUACCGGAGGAGGUCGCCGUCGGCUUCUCCGCGGCGACAGGCGCCAUAACCGAGCUGCAUCGGAUACUGUCAUGGUCAUUCAAUUCCACGCUUGAAUCAAAGAAGGAAGCAGCUCCACCUGCCGAACCUCCUCUUCCAAUUCCAACCAGCAGUAACAACCACAAAAUAUUAGUACCAAUCCUACUAGCCAUCUUAGUUCCUUUGCUUUUUUUGUUGGUCUGUGCGGCGGCGGUGCUGGGAUGGCGGCGACACAACAAUAGCAGAGCAAACGAGGACAGUGAAGAAGAGUGCAUCGACAGAUCUGAUCUCGAGAGAGGUGUGGCUGCCGGCGGCCCUAGACGGUACAUGUACCGCGAGCUUGUCGCCGCAACGAGCAAUUUUGCGGAAGACGAGAAGCUCGGGCGAGGCGGUUUCGGGAGCGUUUACCGGGGUCAUGUCACACUCACACUCGCAGGUGCCAUCGAUGGUGACCAAGACCGUCGUGAGGUGGCAGUGAAGGUGUUGUCUGCAGACUCGUCGUCCCAGGGGAGGAAGGAGUUCGAGGCAGAGGUGAGGAUCAUCAGCAGACUGAAGCAUGGCAACCUUGUGAAGCUGUUGGGCUGGUGCGACAGUUGCAAGGGGCUCCUCCUUGUCUACGAGCUCGUCACGGAGGGCAGCCUAGACAGGCACCUCUACAGCAACGACGACAGCUAUCUGACAUGGCCACAGAGGUACAACAUCAUCCUUGGCUUGGGAUCCGCGCUGCGCUACCUCCACGGAGAGUGGGAGCAGUGCAUCAUCCACGGCGACAUCAAGCCCAGCAACAUCAUGCUCGACUCAUCGCUCAACACCAAGCUUGGGGACUUCGGGUUGGCCCGGCUCAUUGACCACGGCGCCGGGUUAAUACAGACCACCAAGGCCGUGCUCGGCACCGUCGGCUACAUCGACCCAGAGUUCGUCAACACGCGCCGGCCCAGCACAGAGUCGGACGUGUACAGCUUCGGCGUCGUCCUCCUGGAGAUUGCCUCCGGCCGGUGGCCGGUGAUCGAGACCGCGGAGAGGUCCUUCACGCUGCUCAGCUGGGUGUGGGGUCUGUAUGGAAGGGACGCGAUCCUUGACGCGGUGGACGAACGGUUGAGGGGCGACGAGGCGGACGAACGGUGGAUGGAGCGGGUGCUGGUCGUCGGGCUCUGGUGCGCCCAGCCGGACCAGAGCGAGCGGCCGUCCGUGGCGCAGGCCAUGCACGUCCUGCAGUCCGACGAGGCGAGGCUGCCGGCGCUCCCGCAGCACAUGUACAGGGCUGCGCCGAGUCUUGCAUCGUCCGUCCCGUACGGGUCUUUCUCCGUCGAUAGGUCCGGCUCCGGUUGCGUUCGCUCUUCUUCGGUCAGCACCAGCAACACCACUGCUUCCUCCGAGUCAUCCUCAACCGCGCUGCUACGUCAUUCCAAGGAUCAAGCUACGCAGUUGAUUCAUCCAGAUUUGUAA